AAACAAGUGUGGAAGAAAAUGAGAUGAAAUUAAUCCGCGCGGAAAACUAGCAUUUCAGCUAUGAAGGAAGAUAAGGAAAACACUCGACCGAAGGAGAAAAGGAUGGAAAUAAAAUGUGAAGAUGGAGAUAAGUCGGAAAAGUGCAAGGAAAAGAAAGAGGCCAUGACAAAGAUUGUGAUCAGACGUUUACCCCCCAGUCUAACCAAAGAAGAGCUGGAGGAGCAGCUACAGCCGCUUCCGGAAGUGGACUACCUGGAGUUUUUCUCCAACGACACCAGCCUUUAUCCCCAUCUCUUCGCAAGGGCUUACAUUAAUUUUAAAAAGCAGGAGGAUAUCGUUCUCUUCAGAGAUCGAUUUGAUGGAUACGUAUUCAUUGACAACAGAGGACAGGAAUAUCCUGCUAUUGUUGAAUUUGCGCCUUUUCAAAAGACUGCCAAGAAAAGAACUAAGAAAAAGGAUGCAAAAUGCGGCACAAUUACUGAAGAUCCUGAUUACAAAAAGUUCCUGGAAUAUUAUAAUGGAGAUGAAGAAAAAAUGGCCUCAACACCCGAGACAAUGUUAGAAGAGAUUGAGGCAAAAUCUAAGGAAUUUGUAGCCAAAAGAACAACUCCUCUGCUGGACUUCCUGAAGAAUAAGCAGAGAAUUAGGGAAGAAAAGAAAGAAGAGAGAAGAAGGGAGUUGGAGCGGAAGCGUCUGCGCGAUGAGGAGCGUCGCAAGUGGAGGGAGGAGGAACGACGCAAGCGUAAAGAGGCAGAGAGGCUGAAGAGACUUGAGAAGCCGCUGGAGAAAGAGAAGGACCAGGCUAAAGAAAACCAAAAAUUAAGCUUCUUAGGAAGCCAGACAGGGCUGAAGAUGCUGACUGUGAGAAACCCAAGGAAAAGGCCAAGAAACCAAAUAAAGACGAGAGGUCCGUGGGCGGUGCUGACCUGAAGAGGCGUCAGAACAAUGAAAAUAAGGAUGAUCGAGGGCGGAGACCGGAUGAAGACGGGCGGAAGGAUUUCCGAGAUCGCGACGGUGAUCGCGACAGGGAGCGGGAAAAGGAGCGACGGCAGAGAGAGAAGGAGCGCCUCAGGCGACAGGAUGAAAGAUCGGCGAAGAAGGAGAGAGCGCAGGAUGGAGAGAUGCCUGUAGGAAGCGGGAGGAGGAAGUGAAAAAAGAAAAGGAGCGAGUUUUGGAGAAAAAAAAGCAGAAAGCGCAGCCAACUCUGCUCACAGUGAGAAGACGGAGAAGCCCGCAAAAGAGAAAAAGGAGGAGAGCUU